CAAUACACAUAUAUUAUAGGAGCUUAGUUAUAUAUAAUUUCAUCAAAAGAAAUUUUUACACCAUCAAGUAUCUUUACUUGUAGUGAUAGAUAAUUUAUCUUAUUUUCAAAAUUGCAAAUUCCAUAAUUUAAAGAGGCUUACCAGUAGAUAUUACUAAUUCUUUUGGGCUGAUAGUGUAGUAUAACAUAAACUCUCUAUAUAAUGUGCUACAUUAUAUUUUCCUUGCGCCACCCGUCAUUGGUGAAGAGUCCAUUAUAGCCCAUGUACAGAGAGGUACUUAGUACCCAUUCAUAUCCAUGUGAGAUCAGAGAAUCAGAAAGAAAAUAUAUUUGUUACUAUAACAAGUCUACGUACUUCAUAUAUUCCAUUAUACACCUAAUUAAUCGAUCCGUCGGUGAUCAGUAGACACUUUUACAGGUACCCACAUGCUUGCAACUCACUAAUAUAAUUCAUCAAACUACUAUAUCUUUUUUUGGUACCGUCCAAAUAUUCUUCUUCGUCCACAUCCAACUAUAUGUCUGCUAGCAAAUAGAGAUUAUUGCAAUUUGGGCUACCAGCUAGCUAGCAUGCAGGACCAAAGAAGAAGUUUCUCAUUCAAUUCCUUUGAUUUCAACUCUUCUAAUAAUAGCGGUACUCUCUUCUCUUCUGAUGAUGAUGAUUUUUCCGCUAGUAAUUUCGUUAUGUAUGAUACGGAUGAUGAUGAUGAAGGCGCGUACAUUGAGAUAAACCUUAAUCCGAAGCCUACAAAAACAUCGGUAUUAGUCGAUGAUGAAGGUGUCAAUAUUAAGAGGAAUUUUCAUGUAGAGGAGAAGGAUUCUAAUUCUUCAGAGGUGGAGUUACGGAUAUCUUUUUCAUCAUCUGGAAUUCCAACAACAGAGACAACGUCCUGUGGUACCACACAACAUGCACAGGGUACAACGACGAGUAAGCCAAGGGGACGCCUUUUCGUUUCGUUGGCUCGCAUUGUGAAUGAGUUCAUGGCUGCAUCAUCUGGAAAGACAUCAAAUUCAAUAGAAACUAAUAAUGUUGACUGCACGGAGAUGAUACGCACCAGGAAAGACUGCACGAUGGUUGCUUCAAAGCGCAACGGCAUUAUGAACUUUAUUGUAAAAUUCAAGUACAAAAAUAUUCCAUCCAUGUUAGUCUCCAUGGUGACACCCAAACCCAAAAACGGACAAAUGCCCGCCAGACAACCGUUGUUACAACGAUGUAGCAGCAGGUGCAGGAACCCGAUGAACGACAAUAUGAAAAUAAAAACUCGCAAUCAUUCUGAUCUUCAUCAUUAUCAAGAUCUGAACCGCGAGAAAUCAACAUCAUCAUCUGUCGCAGGCAUAAUAAACUUUAAGGCAAUGAAGGGAGUAUUAGACGCUCUAAUUGUCAGGACGAGUCGUUAUUACCCGAGUGCAAGAACAGGUACAUUAUCCGCCAACAAGCACAAUAAAAGUAAAAGUUGUCCAAGCUCUAUUAAAUCGUCACCAAUGCAUAGCAAUAUUGUUUGUGAUGAUGAAGUUAGAAGAUUUUACUCGAGGGAUAAUUCUGUUCAGGCAGCCAUUGCUCACUGUAAGAAAUCGUUUGGCACCCAAGCUGAAUUUGAUUUUCAUCUUUGAAAGAGCCAUCUUAAUUAGCCUUUUCUUGUUCUAGAGUUGAUUCUUGUAUAUAAUAAAAGGUUAUGUAAAUCCAUAUUGGCCAAGUUAUUGGGCUUCUUUUCC